CGCCCCGCGAGCAUGGGGCGCCUGGCGCCGAGGCCGCUGCUGCUGGCGCUCCUGUCGCUGGCUGUUUGUCGAGGCCGUGUGGUGAGAGUCCCCACAGGGACCCUUGUCCGAGUGGUGGGCACUGAACUGGUCAUCCCCUGCAAUGUCAGCGACUACGAUGGCCCGAGUGAACAAAACUUUGAUUGGAGCUUCUCGUCUUCGGGGAGCAGCUUUGUGGAGCUCGCCAGCACGUGGGAGGUGGGCUUCCCAGCUCAGCUGUACCGUGAGCGGCUGCAGAGGGGUGAGAUCCUGUUGAGGCGAACCGCCAAUGACGCCGUGGAGCUCCACAUAAAGAACGUCCAGCCCUCGGACCAAGGCCACUACAAAUGCUCCACUCCCAGCACAGAUGCCACCGUCCAGGGCAACUAUGAGGACACAGUGCAAGUUAAAGUGCUGGCCGACGCCCUGCACGUGGGCCCCAGCGCGCGGCCGGCGGCGGGCCUGAGCCUGCGGGAGGGGGAGCCCUUCGAGCUGCGCUGCACGGCCGCCAGCACCUCGCCGCUGCACACGCACGUGGCGCUGCUGUGGGAGCUGCACCGCGGCCCCGCCCGCCGGAGCGUGCUCGCCCUCACCCAUGAGGGCAGGUUCCGCCCGGGCCCCGGCUACGAGCAGCGCUACCACAGCGGGGAUGUGCGCCUCGACACCGUGGCCAGCGACGCCUACCGCCUCUCCGUGUCCCGGGCCCUGUCCGCCGACCAGGGCUCCUACAGGUGUGUGGUCAGCGAGUGGAUCGCAGAGCAGGGCAACUGGCAGGAAAUCCAAGAAAAGGCCGUGGAAGUUGCCACCGUGGUGAUCCAGCCAACAGUUGUACAAGCGGCCGUGGCCAGGAAUGUGUCUGUGACUGAAGGAAAGGAACUGGACCUGACCUGCAACAUCACAACAGACCGAUCGGAUGACAUCCGGCCCGAGGUGAUGUGGUACUUCAGCAGGACUCCUGACAGCACCUUGCCUGGCCUCCAUGUGUUGGCACGGCUGGACCGUGAUUCCCUGGUGCACAGCUCCCCUCACAUUGCUUUGAGUCAUGUGGAUGCACGCUCCUACCAUUUACUGGUUCGAGAUGUUAGCAAAGAAAACUCUGGCUACUAUUUCUGCCACGUGUCACUCUGGGCACCCGGACACAACAGGAGCUGGCACAAGGUGGCAGAGGCCAUGUCAGCCCCAGCCAGUGUGGGUGUGACCUGGCUCGAACCAGACUAUCAGGUGUACUUGAAUGCCUCUAAGGUCCCUGGGUUUGCAGACGAUCCCACAGAGCUGGAAUGCCGGGUAGUGGACAUGAAGAGUGCGGAGGCGAGUGUCCGUUUCACGGUCUCGUGGUACUACAGAAUGAACCGGCGCAGUGACGAUGUGUUGACCAGUGAGCUUCUUGCCAUCAUGGAUGGGGACUGGACGCUGAAAUACGGAGAGAGGAGCAAGCAAAGGGCCCAGGACGGAGAGUUUAUUUUCUCUAAAGAGCAUGCAGACACAUUCAAUUUCCGGAUCCAAAGGACUACAGAGGAAGACAGGGGCAGUUAUUACUGUGUUGUGUCUGCCUGGACCAAACAGCAGAACAACAGCUGGGUGAAGAGUAAGGAUGUCUUCUCCAAACCUGUCAACAUUUUUUGGGCAUCAGAAGAUUCCGUGCUUGUGGUGAAGGCGAGGCAGCCAAAGCCUUUUUUUGCUGCAGGAAAUACAUUUGAGAUGACUUGCAAAGUGUCUUCCAAGAACAUUAAGUCGCCACGCUACUCUGUUCUCAUCAUGGCUGAGAAGCCUGUUGGGGACCUCUCCAGUCCCAACGAAACCAAGUACAUCAUCUCCCUGGACCAGGAUUCUGUGGUGAAGCUGGAGAAUUGGACAGAUGCAUCGCGGGUAGAUGGCGUUGUGUUAGAAAAAGUGCAGGAGGAUGAAUUUCGCUAUCGAAUGUACCAGACUCAGGUCUCAGAUGCAGGGCUGUACCGCUGCAUGGUAACAGCCUGGUCUCCUGUCAGGGGCAGCUUAUGGCGAGAAGCAGCAACUAGUCUCUCCAAUCCUAUUGAGAUAGACUUCCAAACCUCAGGUCCUAUAUUUAAUGCCUCUGUGCAUUCAGACACACCAUCAGUCAUCCGGGGAGAUCUGAUCAAAUUGUUCUGCAUCAUCACUGUCGAAGGAGCAGCACUGGACCCAGACGACAUGGCCUUUGAUGUGUCCUGGUUUGCGGUGCAUUCCUUUGGCCUGGACAAGGCUCCUGUCCUCCUGUCUUCCCUGGAUCGGAAGGGGAUUGUGACUACGGCCCGGAGGGACUGGAAGAGUGACCUCAGCCUGGAGCGUGUGAGUGUGCUGGAAUUCUUGCUGCAAGUGCAUGGCUCCGAGGACCAAGACUUUGGCAACUACUACUGUUCCGUGACUCCAUGGGUGAAGUCACCAACAGGUUCCUGGCAGAAGGAAGCAGAGAUCCACUCCAAGCCCAUCUUUAUAACUGUGAAGAUGGAUGUGCUGACCGCCUUCAAGUACCCGCUGCUGAUCGGUGUGGGUCUGUCCACCAUCAUCGGGCUCCUGUCCUGCCUCAUCGGGUACUGCAGCUCCCAGUGGUGCUGUAAGAAGGAGGUUCAGGAGACCAGGCGGGAGCGCCGCCGGCUCAUGUCAAUGGAAAUGGACUAGGCCGGCCAGGAAGGGACUGACAGUGGGAUGUUCUAGGAGCGAUCGGGGCGAGAAGAGGACAGUGACGUUUGAAAACCAAGUGUGUUACACUAAAAACCAGUCCUCUCUAAUCUCAGGUGGGACUUGGCGCGCUCUCUUUUCUGCAUGUCAAGUUCUGAGCGCGGACAUGUUUACCAGCACACAGCUCUUCUCCCACGGCACUUUCUGAUAUAACAAUCGAGUGUGUGUUUUUCCAACUGCAGCUUUUUAAUGGUUAACCUUCGUCUGAUUUUUUUCUCCUAAUAGUUUGUAGAUCCUCUGACUUGUGUGUGUUUAUAGCUUUUGUUUCAAGGGGUUGCGGUAAGGAAGGGGUGAUGGCAUGCAGAGUUCUUUAUCUUGGGUGGGAAUGUGCCUGCCCGCUGGAGAGCCGGCUUCCACGUUGGAGGCGCGUAUUAAGACAGCUGCUAAAUACGACCCUCCUCCCUGGCUUAGAGACAACACAGGCCCGUGCCGAAGGCUCGUUUGUUGUACUACCCUACCCCACCCCCUAUUUUCAGGGGUUUAGAAUACAUUCGAAAUCUAAACUUGGAGUAUAUAACUUCUUAUUGAGCCCAAAUGCAUUUUUUUUUUCUUUUGCUUC